GAAGGGAACGCCACUAACUUCCAGGAAGUAGUCUUAAUUUUAAAGCAAUUGCUUCUUUGAUUACGGUCAUUGCGUUAUUACGUGCCCGUUGUAUUAUAAAGUUUAUGUUUUAAGAGCCACUUAAUAUUGUUCAGUUAGUAUUAGUGAGAGAACAGCCGUCAUUUGUUGUCAAACUGCCAUACAAGUCAUUGCGUCAUUGCAGAAAAAAAACUAGCUAGGCUAAAUUGCUUUCUGGUAAGCUAACAUUAGCUCGUUGUUGCCACGUAAAAAGUAAAACAAAAAUGGAUAACUUCGAAACACCAUACGAAGAGGACGAUGGUUUCAUUGAAUGCACGGUCUGUGAAAAAUCCUUAAGAGGUGACACGCUGUACAAGAUACACCUGACCACACCGGGACAUUUAAAGAAAGAGGAUUCCCUUGUUGCUGAGGGGAAGGCUGUCAGAGAACACAUCGUACCAAGGUUCAAGGACAUUUUACACUACCUGGAUUACCUGAACCUUGAUGAGCCCAUCAUUGGUUUGAAUUUUUUGGAGGAAGUAGUGAAUUUUGAUCCACAGUUGGGUACAAGAUACACCUGCAAGUUAUGCAGCCAGACGGCCAAUCUCGCAGAAAUGGUCUGUCACGUGAUUGGUCGGAAACACCGGCAAAAAUAUGUGGAGUUAAAACGGCCGGACUUGGUGACCUGGGACAGUCAGACUAUAAACACCCAAGGAGGGAAGAUCAUGCGAGCCAAAGCGGAGAUAAUUGAGAGACAGAACGGACGAGGAGUUCCAGAACAAUUGUUGAGAAAGGGGGUUGAAGGAAAGCUGAACAUCUCAAGAGUUCAUCCAAAGCAGAGGCAAAAUAGGCUGCAAAGCAGCUCCCAGAGAUCCCUACAAGACGUGCCACCACUCUUACCUGAAUUACAGGACUAUCACCGAAAGAGGGAUCUUUCUGGGUUCCAUCCAGACCAUCUUAGCCGUAAUCGCUUUGAAGAGCAACUGAGAGAAACGGAUUUCAUUGGAGGUCCUAGGUACAGAGAAGAUCCUGAUUAUUCUACUAGGUAUCUGACGGAAUAUGCUGAAGAUCCACUAAAAGCAGCAAUACUAGACCCACGAGAUGUUUCCAGGUAUGAUAAUAGGCACACGAUGCCUAGUUCUCUGGAUUACCCUGCUGAUGCUUCUUCUCAUAAAAGACCCUACCCAGAACGAGAUCCUCUAGAGGAGUUCUACUCAGAGGAAGUUCGCCGUGGGCAAGUUCGUUUGCAAGGAUACCAGCCCUCUCCAAAGAGGCUGUAUGCAGAAGACUGUAAUCAGCGAUGGUCUCUGGAGAGGGAAUCUGGUAGACACGACAGUCUGAGAAGACAUGGAUCAAGUGAACCAGAAGCCAAGAGAAGAACCUUAUCUGCUCCCUUUGAAGGUGAUCGAUCACGCGAGGCUUCGUUUGACAUGUUUAAAGAUUAUCAUCACGAAAGGAACGACCCAUACCAAGAGGAGGCGUUUGAGAGAGGAAGACCCACUUCAGCCCAGAAACUUGGAGACGUUCCCAGGGCCAUGUCUAAUAUACCAGAGCCGUUCAGGCGCUUCCUAAAAGGUAGCGGAGAUGAAGAAGGACUAAACAGACGAAAAAGCCGCUUCUCUGAUGCAACUCCAGAGGAAGUAAAGAUGGCGAAGGAGAUGUACAGAGAUGAUUAUGGACCUCCAUACUCACAAAUUGGUGCAGAUCUUCGACCUGGUGAUGCACCAGUGAGAUCGGACAUCCACUACGGAGAAUCACAGCCUCCGCAUCUGGGAGAGGGCUACAGUCGAGGAGGCUCUGAACGGAGCGUCUUCGAUCUUCUGAAAAACGUUGAAAUUGAGAAUGCAGAAGAGGCUAACUUCCUAAAGAGCAAACUUUCCAACCUUCUGGAAGAAUUUAAGACCAAAAAGAUGGAGAAAGCUGUGCUUUCUCAACCAUACCAGUAUGCAAGACCUCCGAGAGAGGAGUCUGACCUUAGACGAUCAGAGGAGCUCGAUUUUAACAAUGGUCACAGACUUGGUUGGGAGCAGCGUGAUCAGAUACCGAAGCAGCGGUUCCACGAAUACAACCACGGGGAACCCAGACACUCCAGCAGGGGUCGUUUUGAAGAUGAACAACCUCACUAUCCUGAGCCCAUGCGUCCUCAUGACUACAAGCCUUCUCCUGAGAACUAUUUUGACCCUCACUCCUCUGUACCUCCCCUCCACAUGGAGCAGGACAGCAGGAUGCACCGGGAUCCUCGCUACUCUUCCAAUAUGGAUAAAAUCACCUGUGCUCUCAUGGAUCUUGUUGCAAGAAAAUAGUCUGAAUAAUUUAAAACACAACUCUGGAAAAUAAAAUAAAAAGAUCACUUGUGAUGGAAUAAUUAGAUUUUAGUAUAUACUUUGAAGUUACCCAUCCUACCUUUUUGUUUUUUUGAUGUGCUUUAGAUAUCAGUGAAAGUUUCGUUCUUAAAAUAUUAAAGCCUGAUUGUUUUGUGUGAGCAAUAAAAGCUUCCACUGUUGCUGUA